CAUCAAUUUCAUUAAGUUUAUUUGACAAAUAAAAAACCUCCAGGCACUUAACACUGCCAACAUUGCCACUUACACGUACUUACAAACAAAUACUACUUAAUUAACAAGUACUUAAGUGACUUUUUGAAAAACAGAAAGAGAAAAAAAAACUCGAAAAAUCCUCAUAAAAAUGUCAUCGAACAUAAAAUACUUUCAUCAUCAUCAUGAGCAGGCACAAGCGCAGCAGCUGGCUCAGCCCCACAGCUACAGUAAAGACUUUUCAAAUGUAACUGAAUUGGAUCCUAGCAUUUUUUGGCAUCCCACUUUGUCGGACUAUUACCACAAUCUUACACCAUUUAUAACACUUUCCAUAUUUGUGGCCGCUCUGCUAGUUAUACUCAACAUUUCCAUUUUCUGCACCACAGUCUCACGAUUGAAACGACGCGUGGAUGUUUACUUUAGAGGACCCACAAUAGUGUUGUGCUCCCUGUAUCCGAUUAUUUGUUGUGCAGCUUUAACCACGAUUUUAUUGCCGAAAGCCUGGCUGAUUUGCCACACCGUCAUGCAUUUGUGCUUUACGGUGGGUGCGGUAAUGUUUCGGCAAUUAUGUUUCCGUUAUGUGGAUUCCGAAGUGAAUUAUAUGAAGGAAACCGAUGGUGCUGCGGUCACCAUAAAUACUCCACCUUGUUGUUGCUGCUGUCUGUGUUUGCCGGCCAUGGUGCCCUCGAAAGCAAAGUUUUGUUUGUUGCGUUACAUGGUGUGGCAAAUGCCGUUUGUACAGGGCUGCAUAAUGUUGGUUUUAAAUGUGAUCUAUUAUAGAGAGCCGGCUUUGUACAACAGUGUUUCCAUGUAUUUUAUACCAUUUAUAGUGUGUUCAAUAUUGCUGGGUUUAUGGGGCUUAAAUAUCACCGUACGUAUGGUUAAUGUCAUACAUUCCGAAUACAAUUUAAUGAAAAAAAUGUUUUGCCUGCAACUGAUUUUGCUGUUGUGCAAAUUGCAAUACCUGCUAUUGGACAGUCAAUUGAAUCAUUUAGUUUUAGGCGGUGUCUAUCCCAUCAAUCACACGAUCUACAAACAAACUAUCAUAAAUCUUUUGAUUUUAUGCGAAAUGGUUUUGGUCUCAAUGUUGGCCCAAAAUGCCUACAAAAUACCUACUUAAUGGGGGAAAUGGAUAAAUAGAACAUGUUUAGGCUCUAUUUUUUGUUUUGGCUAAAAUACUUAUAAGGCCAUUGAGAUUUAAGUUUUUGAAUUAUACAAAUGCAAAUAUUUGAAAAAGCAAAACAUAACAACAGCAAAAAAAUACUUAUAGUGAUUGUGAUAUAAAUUAUAUUAUUAAAUAAAUUUUAUUAAUGAAACAAA